GAAGUUCCAUGUGGCUACUGUGUUGUUGGCGUGGAUUUGACGUUGAUCUGCAGUGUUGUGGUUGCGUAUAUCCUUAGCAGAGCCAAAGUUUUGUAUAAUCCGCAUUAAGUAGUUGUUAUCAUAUAUUUGGAAUCAUGUAGGGAUCUUUAGUAAUAACAUACGUUUAGUAAAAACGCUUACAAGCAACGAUCUGUUGAAAAUGCUGUGGUACCCACGUUUGUUUUGAAAGAGGCGUGCGCGAGAAAUGUGUGCUGUGCAGCAGAAUGAGCAGUUCUCCGUGCUCUCCAGAUUGGACCGACGACUACACUAUUCAACAGGAAAAUGAACUAGAGGCCCUUGCAGCUAUCUUUGGAGACGACUUUGAGGACCUCCGAACGAAACAGCCAUGGAAGAUUAAAAGAUCACCAGAGGUAUACCUAUAUCUACGGCCGAAAGGUCUUGGCAAUGGGCAGGAAAGCUACGUGAGCGUGGAUUUGCAGGUCAAGUGCCCGCUUACGUAUCCCGAUGUGCCUCCAGAGCUUGAGCUGAAGAAUGCGAAAGGGCUGUCCAAUGACAAUCUCCAGAACCUCCAGACACAGCUCACCAAGCUGGCGUCCGAGAGAUGUGGUGAGGUGAUGAUCUACGAGCUGGCGGACUACGUGCAGGGAUUCUUGGUGGAGCUAAACGUGCCACCGUCGAGCUCCUUCCAUGAGGAGAUGCUGAAGAACCUGCGGCAACAGCAGGAGCUCCUGGCCCUGAAGGAGCAAGAGCGCAUGGACCUGCAGCGACGCCAGGAGGAACAGAUGCAAAAUGAAAUCCUCGCCGAAAUCCAAAGACGGGAUCAGGAGAAAAAAGAGGAGAAGAGGAAGAAGGAGCUAGCCAAACAGGAGCGCCUGGAGAGUGUGACCCAGCCACAGGGGGAUAUCUCUGUGGCAGCAGGUUCCAGUUCUCCUGCUCCCCCAGCAGAACCCGUAGAACAAAAGAAAAACCCUGGCAACCGCCGUCGUACCACCUCAAGCAGCCGCCACAGGAGAGACACAUGUGGUGAUGAGAGUCCACGUGCGGAGGUCCUGCACUUUUGCAACAGCACCAUUGGAGAAGUGGUGGUGCACAAAGGGAAAUGUAUAGGAGAGAGUGACCGGCUGGGCCGCAGUGUGUAUUAUGCCUUUGACAUCACCAAUGGAGACUUUGCAGUAGUGUAUGAGUGGACGCUUCACUGGAGCGAGAAGAUGGGGAAGUUCCUCACCAGCCAAGAGAGGGAGAAGAUAGAGAAGUGCAAAAAACAGAUGCACAGUGCGGAGAGCGAGCUGAACUCGCUACUAAAGCUGGAGCACCCCAACCUAGUUCAGUAUCGUGCCUUGAGCUGCAGCGAGCGUGAGGACUGCCUAGUGGUGGACCUGCUCAUGGAGCACAUCCCCGGUGCCACCACCCUGGCAUCGGGCCUGGCUGCGGGCACACCGGUACCCACCGACCGUCUCCGCCGGCACACCGCACAGCUGGUGUCGGCGCUGGACUUUCUGCACACCAACUCGGUGGUACACAAGCAGCUGGGGCCGGGCAGCGUGCUGCUGGACGCCCGCGGGGAUGUACGGCUGGCCGACUACAGCCUGUCCAAGCGGCUGGCGGACGUGUGCCGCGAGGACGUGUUCGAGCAGGCGCACGUGCGCUUCAGCGAAGACUCGGCGCUCCCUAGCAAGCCGGGAAAGAAGGGCGACGUAUGGAGUCUGGGCCUGAUGCUCCUGGCGCUGAAUCAGGGGAAGGAGGUCAAGGAGUACCCGCCGACUGUACCCAGUGGCCUGCCCACCGACUUCCAGGACUUCCUGUGCAAGUGCUUGUGUCUUAAUGAUGCUGAUCGCUGGACAGCUCAUCAGCUUCUUGAUCAUCCAUUCCUCCGAUGCCCAUCUCCCAAAAACACACCACAGUGUCAGGACACCAGCCCAGAGGACCUUGGUGAUGACUUUGCCUCCACGGUGGUCCCUCACAGCCACCUCCUCAGCGCCCUCUUCAAUCCGCAGGUGCAAAAGCAGUUCUCCCGCUACUACAACGAGUUUGAGGAGCUGCAGCUGCUGGGCAAAGGGGCCUUCGGUGCAGUCAUCAAGGUGCAGAACAAGCUGGACGGCUGCUACUACGCGGUCAAGCGCAUCCAGGUGAACCCGGCGAGCCGGCAGUUCCGCCGCAUCAAGGGCGAGGUGACGCUGCUGUCGCGCCUCAACCACGAGAACAUCGUGCGCUACUACAACGCCUGGAUCGAGCGCCACGAGAUCCCCGCCACCGGCGUCCUGAGCAGCUCGGACAGCUCAGCGGCCCCCCAGAGCACCCCUGAGAGAGGGCCCCCUUCCCCUUCCCCGUGCUGCCUGGGGCCCCCCAGCUCUCGGGUCUCCCCCAGGCUGAACGAGCUGGGCCUGCCGGAGGCGGACAUAGAGGACGCGGCGCCCCCGCCCGCGCUGGCCAGCUCUGUGGAGUGGAGCACGUCCAUCGAGAGGUCGUCCAGUGCCAAGUGCAGCGGACAGGAGUCCAGCAGCGGGGACGACGAGGAGGAGGAGGAGGCAGACGUGUUCGGGCCGUCCUUCCUAACAUCUGAUGGAGACUCAGAGAGUGACAUCAUCUUUGAGAAUGGGGGCGACAGCGGAAACAACUUUGCCCCUGAAGAGCCAAGCAACAGGAGAGGUGCUGUGGACACUACAGAGAGCUCAGACGCAGAGAAGCCCCUGCUUAUAGCCCACUUUCUCUACAUACAAAUGGAGUACUGUGAGAAGAGCACGUUGCGGGACACCAUUGACCAGGCUCUGCACCUGGACUGCAGCCGCUUGUGGAGGCUCUUCAGGGAGAUCCUGGACGGCCUGGCCUACAUUCACGAGCAGGGAAUGAUCCACCGUGACCUGAAACCAGUCAACAUCUUCCUGGACUCCCAGGACCACGUGAAAAUUGGGGACUUCGGCCUGGCUACUGACCAUCCAGCCAAUGUGGCAGCUGGCAAGCUGGAGGUGGAGGACGGCAGUUCGAGUCUGGUGCCGAAGUCAGACCCUACAGGGAACCUUACUGGAAUGGUUGGCACCGCCUUAUACGUCAGUCCAGAAGUGCAGGGCAACACCAGAGCUACAUACAACCAGAAAGUUGAUUUGUUCAGCCUGGGGAUUAUCCUGUUUGAGAUGUCCUACAGGCCCAUGACCACAGCCUCAGAGCGGAUCUCAGUCCUCAGCAAGCUGAGAAUGGAGCCUGUUGAGUUUCCUGAGGACUUUGUCGAGUAUGAAAGUGGAACUCAGGUGUUGGUGAUUAGCUGGCUGCUAAAGCACGACCCGGCGCUGCGUCCCACGGCGCAGGAGCUCCUGAAGAGCGACCUGCUGCCCCCUCCGCAGAUGGAGGAGUCGGAGCUGCACGAGGUGCUGCAGCACACCAUGGCCAACGUCAACGGCAAGGCCUACCGCACCAUGGUGAGCCAGCUCUUCUCCCAGCGCACCUCGCUCGUCAUGGACUACACAUACGACGUCGACAUCCUCAAGGGCAGUUUUCAUUUCAGCAGCGCCAAACUGCAACAGUAUGUGUACGAAACCAUCACCAGGGUCUUCAGAAAGCACGGUGCUGUGAGGCUCCAAACGCCACUGCUGUUGCCUAGGAACCGGACACUGUACGAGGGAUGUGAGCUCGCCUGCUUCAUGGACCAUAGCGGCAUGCUGGUCACACUGCCCUAUGACCUGCGGCUGGCUUUUGCAAGAUUCGUGGCUCGAAACAACAUUACCCAUCUGAAAAGGUACAGCAUUGAGCGAGUGUUCCGGCCCCGGAAGCUGGACCGCUCCCACCCCAAGGAGCUUAUGGAGUGUGCCUUUGACAUCGUAGCCCCUGUCACCAACAACCUCCUGCCUGACGCCGAGACCAUCUACACCAUCUCCGAGAUCAUCCACGAGUUCAGUGCCCUGCAGGAGAGGAACUACACAGUCUACCUGAACCAUACCAGCCUGCUGAGGGCCAUCCUGCUGCACAGCGGCGUCCCUGAAGACCGACUCAUGCAGGCUGCCAACAUCCUGUAUGAUAGUGAAAAACUCACAAAACCUGAGGUGGAGGCCAAGUUCUUCAACUUAUCCCUGUCCAACAACAGCUUGCAGACUCUGUACAAGUUCAUCGAGCAGAAGGGGGAGCUAAAAGACCUGGUUCCCCUCCUGGACUCCCUGACUAAGCAGAAGACGGCCGUCACCCAGCUGGCCAAGCAGGGCCUGAAGGAGCUGGAGGAGCUCACCAGCCUGCUAAGGAAGCUGGGCGUCAAGCUGCAGGUGAAGGUGAACCUGGGCCUGGUGUAUAAGAUCCAGCAUCACAGAGGGGUCAUCUUCCAGUUUGUGGCCUUCGUCAGGAAACGCAGACGCACCGUGCCUGAUGUCCUCGCCGCUGGCGGGCGCUACGACCACCUGAUCUCAGACUUCCGAGGCCCUGGGGGACCAGGCCCGGUGCCCUCUGCGGUGGGGGUGAGCGUGGCGCUGGAUAAGAUCUGUGCCGCCGUGGCCUCUAUGGAGGAGCCGCCUCUGGUAAGCUUCUGUGAUGUGUUGGUGGUUCCUGUGGGGCACACCUCGACCGAUCGGGCCAUCAUCGUCACCCAGAAGCUGUGGACGGCUGGGGUGUCUGCUGACGUGGUCUACGACAUCUCUCAGUCUCAGGAGGCCCUGUUAGAGCACUGCAGACAGGCUGGCAUGUCCUUCAUGGUGAUGGUGUCUGACAAAGAGGGAAACUACUGCAAGGUUAAGUCCUUUGAGAAGGACCGUCAGUCAGAGAAGAGGAUUCUUGAGUCCGAGCUGGUGGAUCAUAUCAUACAAAAAUGCAGGACCAAACUCUCAGAGGAGAGAAACAGAGAUGUGUCUGACAGUGUCUCUCUCCAGAACCCAAAGGGAUCACUACAGACUAGCUCAGGGUCGUCAGAACAACACGGAAGCAACUCCGGAGGAAACAUGAACGUGAACCUCGUCCCCCCGGAGAAACUGUCCGCCAGCACCAGGAGACGAUACGAGACCACGAUACAAACCAGAUUGCAGAAUCUUAGUAGCAGUUUGCAGAACAGGACCAAUGACAUUGAAGUCUUGGCGGUUGACCUGGCGAAGGAAACCCUCAUCAACUUCCUGUCUCUGGAGUUUGAUGGUGAGGAGCAGUUCAACAACAGCGUGAAGCACUUACUCUCAAGGCACCCGAAGCAGCGGUACCUGAAGACCAUCUGUGAGGACAUCCACCGCUUCAAAAUGGUGAAAAAAGUCACAGUUGUUGUCCUGUACAGCUACAGAGAAGACUACCACAAGGUCCUCCUCUGAGCCAGCUUCUCCAAGGAGUCAUUGCCCUGGACUGAGGUCUCAUUUUCACAACUUUCUUUUUUUCUUUACCUUUUAUUCCUCCUCUUUGUGGGGGUGUAUUUUUGGUAUAGUGACUGACUAGAAUCCAAUCGGUCUCCUACCAAGAGAUCUAAUGCCAAAGACAAAGGACGAGACGACGGUGUUGUUAUGAAGGUUUCAGUAAUGGAUAGAAUCGCACAGGCUUCUGUUAUUAACAACAACGCACUCAAUGGUACUGGUGGUGUUACAACAUUGCCGGGCUCUUGCCUUACGUACACGGGUCAGCCUUGAAUACUGGAGUGGUUAAUGUAUGUGGCUCUAUACUGUACUUGACAAUGUAUUAUAUACAGACAAAAGAUCAUUAUGAAGUGGUCAAAAAACUUUAUUAAAUGUCAUAUUUUCCCUUA